AUGGGCAACCCCUUAAGUCCUGUCAUCGCUAAUUUCUACAUGGAGUUCAUCGAACAGAAAGCCCUUGCCUCCGCCACAAAGAAGUCCGAGGUUUGGUUCCGAUACGUUGAUGACACUUUUGCGGUGUGGAGCCAUGGAGAAGAAGACCAGCAGCUGUUUCUUCAACAUCUGAAUAGCAUUCAUCCCAGCAUUCAGUUCACCAUGCAGAAGGAGAGCAAUAAUCAGCUGCCUUUCCUCGACGUUCUUGUGACGAAAAAGGAAGAUGGGACGCUCGGGCACCAAAAGUGUACCGCAAGCCCACACACACACAGAGAUCGUUACCUUCAUAAGAACUCAAACCACCACCCGAGACAAAAAAUGGCUGUCAUCAAUACCCUUAUGCACCGAGCAGAAAGAAUCUGCGAAACGACACAUUUGAGGAGGAACUGA